GAGUUUCCUCCCAGCUCUCAUUCGUUUCCUCCUGGAAGACAGCUAACAUCAGCAUAUCAUACUAUACCGUUACGAUGUUCAGAUCUGUUGUGAGCUCCCUCAGACCUUCUGUGAGCACUGUGCUACGCAAAGAGUUAUACACACGAGGUGGGGUCGUUGGAUGGCCAAUGUCCAAUCAGACGCUGCUGAUUAGAAAGAUCCAUGGUUCGUCACCAAGAUACCACGGACACAUCCAUAAGCCCAAGCCAGGGGAGGAAUUACACAUCACUUUCAUAACGAAGGAGGGAGAGCAGCUGAGCUAUGAGGUGUGCGAAGGUGACACGAUCUUGGACAUUGCGCAGCACUACAACUUGGAUAUGGAGGGAGCCUGCGGCGGUUCGUGUGCAUGCUCUACAUGCCACGUUAUAGUUGAUCCGGAGUUUUACGACGAGAUACCUGAGCCUGAUGACGAUGAGAACGAUAUGCUUGAUUUGGCGUUUGGACUCACCGAGACCUCGAGACUGGGGUGCUGCAUCAAGAUGACGAAGGAGAUCGAUGGGAUUAGAAUUGCAUUGCCGGCAAUGACCCGUAAUGUGAGCUCAUCGGACUUCUCCUGAGCUUUAGAAGGAGAACUACACAGGUUUAUUCGUUUUGUCUUUUCUACUCCAUUGAUUUUUCCCAUUCUACUCCAUUGAUUCAUCCCAUUCUACACCAUCGACGCUUGCCACACGACCGAUUUGCCCUGCUGUCUCACGGAAAAGUAUUACACAGAGUUCAUUGAUUGGUUGUAUACAUUGAAUCUGUUUUUCCUUCUCUGUUCCGGAAAGCUUUCAUUGGACGCUGUCUGUACAUACGGUGUUUUGAGUCAUGAUGACUCACUUCCAUCUAUUCUUUUCCCUCCUCUUCACACGUUUUGAAUCAUCGGGAGUCAUGUGGACCAGUAGAACUAGGGAAACGAAGAAAACUAAAGAAACCAGCAUUUUAUUAUGAGCCUCAGGUUAUACUGUUUGCAUCCAAUUGGCCAGUGGAAUCUGAACCCAUGUAUGUACAUAGUGAUAUAAUUAUAAGAAGCGUGGAAUACACAGCUACACUGAUUUGCUUUGGCC